AAAAGUUGCGCUCCGACCUUCUCACGACCUACAUUCUUCCCGGGCACUCUUGAGUUUGAGCUGGGCCCGGAGGACGUGGGCCAAGACUUUCCAGCGGCGGCCGCCCCCGGGGCGAGGAGCCGGCCCCGCUUUCCUCACGGGGUCCAGCGCAGGCGUCCCCGGGAACGCAGCGCAAACUUUCUGGACUGUCUGAGGACACUUGUCCAGCGAGCGCCACUGCUCGGGGAGGAGGAGCCACGGUCGGGGACAGGUGAUACACUUGGGCGUUGAAGGACAUUUUUUGAAAUCAUGAGAACCGAAUGUUUGACUAGGAAUGUUUCGUUAUAACUGCCUGGAAGGUUAGAGUCAAAGAAAUUGAGAUUUUUAAAGUCUUCUUCUAGGGGUUUCCAGCAGAGCUAAAUGUUAGAGAAAUCUUUCCACUCCUCUGAAGAGUGAAGUGAGCAAAUACAACCCAGCAGUAGGUUAUUGAAGACAGCAGCCGCAGGUUUUGGAAGGUGACAAUGAAAUGUGAAGAAGUUCCAUUUCUCAAACCUGAAAGUUAGUGACUGCUACCAAAUUUUAAUGAAAAUUAAAUAUGACUUAGAAGUAUUGAUUUAUGAAGUCUUAUGAUGUCAUCGGUUUCGACAGGAAGCAAACUCCAGCAGGCUGUGAGCCUACAGGGAGUUGACCCAGAAACAUGCAUGAUUGUAUUUAAAAACCACUGGGCACAGGUUGUGAAAAUCUUGGAGAAGCACGACCCCUUGAAGAACACCCAGGCAAAAUAUGGGUCUAUCCCUCCAGAUGAGGCCAGUGCUGUGCAGAAUUAUGUAGAACACAUGCUCUUCUUGUUGAUUGAAGAGCAAGCCAAGGAUGCUGCAAUGGGGCCGAUUCUGGAAUUUGUGGUCUCUGAGAACAUCAUGGAGAAACUUUUCCUUUGGAGCUUGAGAAGGGAAUUUACUGAUGAGACUAAAAUUGAGCAGCUAAAGAUGUAUGAGAUGUUGGUCACCCAGUCGCACCAGCCUCUGCUGCACCACAAACCCAUUCUGAAGCCUCUGAUGAUGUUGUUGAGCUCUUGUUCAGGAACAACCACCCCCACUGUGGAGGAGAAGCUGGUUGUCCUACUCAAUCAGCUCUGUUCCAUUCUUGCCAAAGAUCCAUCCAUUUUAGAACUCUUCUUCCACACUAGUGAAGACCAAGGCGCUGCCAACUUCCUCAUCUUCUCCCUUCUGAUUCCCUUCAUUCACCGAGAGGGGGCAGUGGGCCAGCAAGCUCGGGAUGCAUUGUUAUUCAUCAUGUCUCUCUCUGCUGAGAACAGCAUGGUGGCCCAUCACAUCGUGGAGAACACCUACUUUUGUCCAGUACUUGCAACUGGGCUCAGUGGUCUCUACUCUUCCCUGCCUACAAAGCUAGAAGAGAAAGGCGAGGAAUGGCACUGCCUUCUGAAAGAUGACUGGCUUCUACUUCCUUCUCUUGUCCAGUUCAUGAACUCCCUGGAGUUUUGCAAUGCAGUCAUACAGGUGGCUCACCCCUUGAUUCGAAAUCAGCUUGUCAAUUACAUUUACAAUGGAUUUUUGGUACCAGUCUUGGCUCCUGCUCUCCAUAAGGUGACUGUGGAGGAGGUCAUGACCACAACUGCAUAUCUGGACCUUUUCCUGCGUAGCAUCUCUGAGCCAGCACUACUUGAGAUCUUCCUUCGUUUUAUCCUAUUGCACCAGCACGAGAAUGUCCACAUCCUAGACACUCUCACGAGUCGAAUCAACACCCCGUUUCGGCUUUGUGUGGUGUCCCUGGCAUUAUUCAGAACUCUCAUUGGUUUACAUUGUGAAGAUGUGAUGUUACAGCUAGUUCUAAGGUAUCUGAUCCCCUGCAAUCACAUGAUGCUGAGUCAGAGGUGGGCUGUGAAGGAGAGAGACUGUUACUCUGUUUCUGCGGCCAAGCUGCUUGCCUUGACUCCUGUCUGCUGCUCCAGCGGGAUCACUCUGACGCUGGGGAACCAAGAGAGGGAUUAUAUUCUCUGGUCGAAGUGUAUGCAUGACACUUCAGGACCUGUGGAGUGGCCAUUCCCUGAAGCGUUCUCCCAGUCAGCCUGCAUUGUGGAGUAUGGGAAAGCCUUGGACAUCAGCUACCUGCAGUACCUGUGGGAGGCCCACACCAACAUCCUCCGCUGCAUGAGGGACUGCCGUGUCUGGUCCGCCCUGUAUGAUGGCGACUCCCCCGACCCUGAGACGUUUCUCCAGGGUCUGACGGAGGAGGGCAGUGUGAGCUCGGCCUGCCCUGUGUUCGGGCUCCCGCAACAACUCCCCAGGAAGACGGGACCUCAGCUAGCUCCCAGAAAGGACAAGAGCCAGACAGAGCUGGAAUGGGAUGACAGCUAUGACACUGGAAUCUCCUCAGGGGCUGACAUGGGCUCCCCUGGGCCUUAUGAUGAUCUGGAGGUUUCACGCCCCCCAGCACCCAUUGAUCCCCCAAAACACAUCCAGGAGAUGAAGAAGAAUGCCAUCCUGCUCUUCAAAGGGUCCUACAUAGAAGAGUCAGACUUUCAGGAUGAUGUGAUGGUGUACAGGCUGUGUGCUGAGAAGGACUCCGAGGACGCGAAGGAUUCUCAGGAGGAAGCUGCUAGACCACCAGCUGAAGCCCAGGAUGAAAUUCAGAGUGUUUCCAUCAACAACGGCUCCCUCCUCAGCACCCAGCCAGCGACAGAUUCAGAGGAGGAGUGCAAUAGGGACAAUUCAGACCCAUUUCACAGUGAGCCCAUGGAGCCAAAGCAAGAGAGGGAACCUGAAGCAGCCACAGAAUCCAACUCAGAGUUAGCAUCCCCUGCUCCUGAGGCAGAGGACAGCUCUAACCUGACAGCCGCCAACCUGGAGAGCGAGGAUCUCAUUGCCCAGUAUGACCAAAUCAUUAAAGAGCUGGAUUCCAGCACCGAGGGCUUGAUGGAACAGAAUUUCCCCACACCUGAUCCCUUGCUUCUCACUAAGGAGGAAGAAGGGAAGGAAGAAGAGAGCAAAGGAGAAAAGGAGAAGGAGGGGAAGAAGGAGCUAGAAGAGGAGGAGGAUGACUUUGACUCUUUUAUAGCGGAGACACCUGCUGUAGAGACUGUGCUUUCCCCGUUUGUGGGGAGAGAGGAGGCUGCCUUUGCCAGUCGCCAUCCCGUGAGGACUCAAAGCACCCCAUUCACAGGCCCAUUCAUCAGCGUGGUCCUGUCAAAGCUGGAGAACAUGCUGGAGAACUCUUUACAUGUUAAUUUGCUGCUUAUUGGGAUCAUUACUCAGCUAGCCAGCUACCCCCAGCCACUCCUGCGCUCCUUUCUGCUCAACACCAACAUGGUCUUCCAGCCAAGCGUCCGCUCUCUCUAUCAGGUCCUUGCAUCUGUGAAAAACAAGAUUGAACAGUUUGCCUCUGUGGAGAGAGACUUCCCAGGACUCCUCAUACAAGCCCAGCAAUACCUGCUCUUCCGUGUGGACAUGUCUGAUAUGACCCCUGAGGCACUAACCAAAGAUCCCAUUCAGGAGGCUUCCAGGACAGGAAGUGGCAAGAACCUUUUGGAUGGACCUCCAAGAGUGCUUCAGCCCUUCCUGACCCACCGAACCAAGGUGGCUGAGGCACCCCCCAACCUGCCCCUGCCAGUGAGGAACCCCAUGCUGGCUGCUGCCCUCUUCCCAGAGUUCCUGAAGGAGCUGGCAGCCUUGGCCCAGGAACACUCCAUUCUGUGCUACAAGAUACUGGGUGACUUUGAGGACUCCUGUUGUUAACCUUUUUUUUUUUUUUUUUUUUUUAAAUAGAGGUCUUGUUUUGUAAGGUUUAAUGUUUUGACUGAAUGUUAAAUGCAAAGCUGCUUACAAAGA